UGAUUUGUGUUUGUUUUCCUGACAGUCGCGGCCGUGUUGCGCUUCAAACUGCCAGAAAUCAGCCAGACACACAGGCUCCUGCUCUGAUUUCUGCUGUUCGUGGAUGUGAAUGGAUGUGUGUCAAACCUAGUGAUGGUGAUGCUGUCUACAUAGGGAGCGUCUGUGUGUGUCUUGUCUAGACAGCAGCUGCUGGAGCACACACGCGUACAGCAGCAGUUCUGAGCCUCUGCUGUCUAGGCUUCCAGUGUUUUCUGAGGGUGUGCAGGUGAAAAAUGAUCAUUUUGGAUGGAGCAGCAGGCCAAGCCGUACAUGUUUGCGAGCCUGACGCGUCCUCACUCCGAGCAGCUCCUGCAGGGUCUGCAGCUCCUGCGGCAGGACCACGAGCUCUGCGACAUCGUGCUGCGGGUCGGAGACGCCAAGAUCCACGCACACAAAGUGGUCCUGGCCAGCAUCAGCCCGUACUUCAAGGCCAUGUUCACCGGAAACCUGUCUGAGAAAGAGACGUCCGAGGUGGAGUUCCAGUGCGUCGAUGAAGCCGCCCUCAAGGCCAUAGUGGAGUACGCCUACACAGGAACCGUCUUCAUCUCACAGGAAACGGUGGAGUCCCUACUUCCUGCCGCCAACCUGCUGCAGGUCAAGCUGGUUCUGAAGGAGUGCUGCAGCUUCCUGGAGAGUCAGCUGGACGCGGGGAACUGCAUCGGCAUCUCGCGCUUCGCCGAGACCUACGGCUGCCACGAGCUGUGUUUAUCUGCCAGCAAAUUCAUCUGCCAGCACUUCGAGGAGGUGUGCCAGACGGAGGAGUUCCUGGAGCUGACGCGCGCCGAGCUGGACGAGAUCGUGUCCAACGACUGCCUAAACGUGCUGACGGAGGAGAGCGUGUUCUACGCGCUGGAGUCCUGGAUCAAGUACGAUCUGACAGAAAGACAACAAUACUUGGCGCAGCUGCUACACUGCGUGCGGCUACCGCUGCUGAGCGUCAAGUUCCUGACGCGACUCUACGAGGCCAAUCACCUGAUCCGCGACGACCACGCCUGCAAACACCUGCUCAACGAGGCGCUCAAGUACCACUUCAUGCCCGAGCACCGGCUCUCCUACCAGACCAUGCUUUCCACGCGGCCGCGCUGCGCUCCCAAAGUCCUGCUGGCCGUCGGAGGAAAGGCCGGGCUCUUCGCCACGCUGGAGAGUAUGGAGAUGUACUUCCCGCAGACGGACUCGUGGAUCGGUCUGGCUCCGCUCAGCGUGCCGCGCUAUGAGUUCGGCGUGGCGGUUCUGGAGCAGAAGGUGUACGUGGUGGGCGGCAUCGCCACACACAUGCGGCAGGGCAUCAGCUACCGGCGGCACGAGAGCAGCGUGGAGCGCUGGGACCCCGACAGCAACACCUGGGCAUCCGUGGAGCGCAUGGCCGAGUGCAGGAGCACGCUGGGGGUCGUGGUGCUAGCGGGCGAGCUGUACGCUCUCGGCGGAUACGACGGACAGUACUACCUGCAGUCUGUGGAGAAGUACGGGCCCAAGCUCAAGGAGUGGCAGCCGGUGGCGCCCAUGACCAAAUCACGCAGCUGCUUCGCCACCGCCGCGCUGGACGGCAUGAUCUACGCCAUCGGAGGAUACGGCCCCGCCCACAUGAACAGUGUGGAGAGAUACGACCCGAGCAAAGACUCAUGGGAUAUGGUGGCGCCGAUGGCCGAUAAGCGCAUUAACUUCGGCGUGGGCGUGAUGCUGGGCUUCAUCUUCGUCGUCGGAGGACACAACGGCGUGUCUCAUCUGUCCAGCAUCGAGCGCUACGACCCGCAUCAGAACCAGUGGACAGCGUGUCGACCCAUGAACGAGCCGCGCACCGGCGUGGGCUCUGCUGUGGUGGAUAACUACCUCUAUGUGGUCGGCGGUCACUCGGGCUCGUCGUAUCUGAGCGCGGUGCAGCGGUACGAUCCCAUCACGGACAGCUGGCAGGACUCCAGCGGGAUGAUGUACUGCCGCUGUAACUUCGGCCUGACCGCGCUUUGACCCCGGGCGCCCGGCUGACCGUCAGAGACACGAGGGGAACUGGCUUUGUUUCUGGAGUGUUUCCCGCUCCUCCGGCCGGCGCUGGACGCGGAGCGAUUACAGACACACGGCGCUGAAGCACAGCUCAGAUGAACACCAGAGCCUUCCACAAACCCUCGGAGGACACGGAGCGCCCAGCUCUUCCCCUUUACAUUUCAAGGCUUCUGAUGAAGGACGCACAUGUGGCGAGUGUGUGAGUGUGUGUGUGUGUGUGUGUGUGUGUGUGAUGCAUGAGCUGAAUCAGCGCUUCGCUCUGGAGGAGAAGCGUGGGACUCAUGAUAAGGGCUGCCUUCUGUCCUCUACAUACAGCGCUGUGUGUGUGUGUGUGUGUGUGUCAAAGCCACUGCACAGACCGUGUGUGUUUGUGUCUGAUCCACGCGCUCCUCUUCUGUCCUUUCUGCUGGAAAUGAGUGAAUCUCGCCAGAAUUCAUGCAGCUCAUGUUUCACCACGAAGUCAGUUAUAUUUUGCUGAAAAACAAAACACAUUUUUUGCAUUUAUUCUUUGCAAAGUCAAAAUAUUUUAAUGAACGUUGCAUUUAAUUAAUGCAUUUUUUGCAACAUCAAAAUAUUGUGCUGAAAGACAAAACACUUUUUUUUUUUUUUUAUUGCAGUCAAAAUAUUUUGCCAAAAGACAAAAUGCAUUCACUUUUUUUAUUUAUUUAUUUUGCAAGGUCAAAAUAUUUUGCUGAAAGACAAAAAGUUUUGCUUUUUUUUUUUUUUUUUUUUUUUUUGCAAAGGUCAAAAUACACAGGUCAAAAACUUUUUUUUUUUUUUUUCCCAGUCAAAAUAUUUUGCUGAAAGAGAGAUUUUUAUUUUAUUUAUUUUUUAUAUUAAUUUUACAAAUAUUUCCAGUUAAUGUCACACUAAAAUGUGCUGUUUAAAACGCACUGAAAAACACACUACUACUAUUUAAACGGUCAAAUAUCACAUCUCAAAUUCAAAUUUAUGAAAUUCAAAUCUAUCAUUUUUCCUUCUCCAUAUUUGCCUGGAAGAUUGUGAUGGAAAAAAAUGUUACAAUGUAAAAACCUGUUUCUGAAAUGUGAGCUGGACUUGAUCCUGAAGGGUUACUGAGAUUCACGUGUGUGUGUGUGUGUGUGUGUGUGUGUGUGUGAACACACUCUCAUACUGACUGGUGCUAAUUUCCUCUCCAGGAUUGUGUUGUUUUAGUUCUUUCACGGUGUGAAUCUUGAUUUCCUGUUCCUGUGGCGUUCAGAUGAAGCAUCACGCAAUAACGUCGCUGGUUUGAGUCGUGUGUGGUGUGAGUGACGUCAGACGCCGGUCACAUGGUGCCAAUCAUCCACGCGCUCAUCUACACACAGACGCAGCGUCUCGAGAUCAUGUCACGGUCGAGUGUGAUGGCGUGCGCUGUUCACAUCUGCAUGUGGAGACACUGAAGCUCUGCACUUACCAAACCAUUUUCUACUGUGUAAAUAUGACCUUUGAGUUCCUUUGAGGCAAUAAGACUUUCUCUUCAACUCGUUUUUUAUUUUGGUCAUUAAUUGCCAAGGUGUUUUGGGAAUCCUGUGACUGACCUGACUGGCUCUCGUCGCUUCGUUUCUUUGUGUUGCUCGUUAUUCUGGAUUUCAACACUUUUGAUGUUCAUGUUGGAUCUGAUCUGCUGUUUUGGAUUGAUUUGACGUUAAAAGCGUGAUGUCUCUCAGUCCAGAACGUUCAGUGUAGAUCUUCAUCCAGAGGCACAAAGGGAACAAAUGCUCAUCAGAAGCAUCUGUGUUUGAUUAGCAAUAAGAAAUAUUUCCUCGCAUCCAUGAAUGUCCAUCACUGUCAUGUCUGCAGCAGAUGACCGCGUGUGAUUUUUCUCUCCUGAAGCGUGUCGGUCUCACAGAUGAUGGUGAGAAGAUGAAAUCACGCUGGCUUGAUUUACCUGCGGGAUCCUAAAGGCCAUACGUGUAAAACGUCAAACUGCAAAACGAAGGUGUUGGGUGUUUGUUCGUGUCUGAAUCGCCGCUCUCACCAAAGUGCUCGUCUCACGAGGGAAUCUGAAUCAGUCCAGAAUGACUUCCUCACUGUCUUAAACUUUUUGAUCGUUUUUCCUGAUGAUGAUGAUGAUGAUGCCACAUUUUCUUUUUCUGUCCGUCCGUCUGGCUUGUGUUUGAAAUAGAGUGAAUUUUUAUAAACCUGUGGAUUGUUACUGGAACUAAACCGAUAACCUUAGCUACAAACGCAGUAUUUAUUUUUCACAUUUUAUCAAGCGUUGAGAGCAUAGCGUACUUCUGCCAGUUUAUUUAUGUGUCGCAGCUCAACCAGUCAAGAAAUAAAGGCCUGGAAAUGAGUCCGGCGUGUUUCUGCUUCAUGUUAAAAAGAAUAGCUCAUUUGAAAAUGAAAAUGUGCUGAAUGUUUCCUCACCUUCAGGUCAUCCGAGAUCAGGAUGAGUGUGUUUCUUCCUCAGAUUUGGAGAAAUGUGUCUCUGCAGUGAAUGGGUGCCGUCAGAAUGAGAGUCUGAUAAAAACAUCACAAUAAUCCACAGCACUCCAGUCCAUCAGUUAACAUCUGGAGAAGACUAAAGAUUUACUUUAGAGCUGUUUUGGCUUGUAAACGCUGCUUGAUCUGCAGAUUUCGCUCCUGAUUCACACCAGAACACUUUUCACUGGAGGAAGCGUUAUUAUAGAUUAUAAACUCAUAUUUUAGUUUUGUUUCAGCUUUUGUCUUCUCCAGAUGUUAACUGAUGGACUGGCGUGCUGUGGAUUAUUGUGAUGUUUUUAUCAGACUCUCAUUCUGACGGCACCCAUUCACCGGAUAAUUAACGAGCUCAUUAACACACAAACACAUGGUUACAAACAUAAAAAGUUUUAUUUUCAGUGGAAGCAGAUAUAUAUAUAUAUAGUGAUAUUGAUUAUAAAAGUAGUAAUACACAUUGAUUCAUACCACAUUUGUAAUGUUCCGUUGAUAGUCUUCAUGCUUCAGUAAACAAAUCCUCCACUAAAACAUAAUCUAUCUAGAGUAGAGGAAGGACUGUAAACGAACAAUAAUAAAGAUGAUUAAAAACAAGUGACCUUCUGUAGGAGGCAGGUUCUACGACAUCAGAUUUAUGCAUGAAUCCAAAUCCUCAUUAAACACAAUCAAGUGUGAAUUCAGGACUGGCGUGUGUUUGGCAAAACAAUUUCUGAUGAUAUUCUAAUAAAUAUGAGAUUUUUCUA